UGAGGUCAGAGCAGCAGCAGUCUACUUCGUCCAUGUUAUUGUUAUUUUGACUGUGUGAUGGUUCACGGCAGAGCGCACGGACGGCGAACAGCCCCGGAUUCCUCCGGUUACCAACCAAGACACGAACGGCUUCUAGGCUACACGGACUCGUCUGCCUCCGUCUUGCGGUAGUUUUAACAGUAACGCCAGCAUACCGACUAAACGUCUCCGUGCGCAGCGCUCGCCCCAGACUGUCUUUACUAUUGACACCGCAGCGGAGAUGAACGGCAUCACCAAGGGCAGAUUUGAGAUGUUAUCAAACAGUGAUGAGGCCCCAAUCAACAAAAAGCUUCCCAAAGAGCUUCUUCUUAGGAUUUUCUCCUACUUAGAUGUGGUUACGCUCUGUAGGUGUGCCCAGGUGUCCAAGGCAUGGAAUGUUUUAGCAUUAGAUGGAAGCAACUGGCAGAAGAUUGAUCUCUUCAACUUUCAGACAGAUAUUGAGGGCCGUGUGGUGGAGAACAUUUCAAAGAGAUGUGGAGGUUUCCUGAGGCAGCUGAGUCUAAGAGGCUGUCUCAGUGUGGGUGAUGCCUCCAUGAAGACAUUUGCUCAGAACUGUCGUAACAUAGAGCAGCUGAAUCUGAAUGGCUGCACUAAGAUCACAGAUUCCACCUGCAUCAGCCUGAGCAAGUUCUGCUCCAAACUCCGCCACCUUGAUCUGACUUCCUGCGUGUCCAUCACCAAUCAUGCACUCAAGGCCUUAAGCGAGGGCUGUCGGAUGUUGGAGAAUCUCAACCUGUCCUGGUGUGAUCAGAUCACACGUGAUGGCAUCGAGGCGAUCAGCCGUGGCUGCUGUGGCCUCAGAGCACUGUUCCUUCGGGGCUGCACACAGCUCGAUGAUCCUGCACUGAAGCACCUUCAGAAGCAUUGCCCAGAGCUUGUGACAAUCAACAUGCAGUCCUGCACACAGAUAACAGACGAGGGAUUUGUGAGCUUGUGUCGAGGCUGUCACAAGCUGCAGAUGGUGUGUGUGUCUGGCUGCAGUAACAUCACAGAUGCCUCUCUCACUGCACUCGGCCUCAACUGCCAGCAACUAAAGAUCCUGGAAGCUGCUCGCUGCUCUCAUGUGACAGAUGCUGGUUUCACUGUUUUGGCAAGGAAUUGUCAUGAUUUGGAGAAGAUGGAUUUAGAGGAAUGUAUUUUGGUGACUGAUAACACAUUGGUUCAGCUGUCAAUUCACUGCCCUCGGCUUCAGGCUCUGACCCUCUCGCACUGUGAGCUGAUAACAGACGAUGGGAUUCGGCACCUGAGCAGCAGUGUGUCCGGUCAGGAGCGCCUGCAGGUGGUGGAGCUGGAUAACUGCCCCCUCAUCACGGACGUCACACUGGAACACCUGAAGAGCUGCCAGCGUCUCGAGCGCAUCGAGCUCUAUGACUGCCAGCAGGUCACUCGCGCCGGUAUCAAACGCAUCCGGGCCCACCUCCCUGAGAUUAAGGUCCACGCCUACUUUGCCCCAGUCACACCUCCUCCCUCAGUGCAUGGGGGAGGCCAGCGUCUUUGUCGCUGCUGCGUCAUACUCUGACAGAGGGUGGGGUUUCUGAGGAACGCCAUGGAGAGUCGAGCUGUCAGUCAACCUCCAAACCCUACCCUGGUCCUACUGGACCCCACUGCUCAACUCUGCACAUGGGUGUGGCUGUGGGAAGCAUGGUUUGUUCACUGAGUAUUUGCCUGGCAGCAGGUCUGAGCUACACAAGUCAUACAAGUUGCAAUUGCAAAAUACAACUCAACAUGAAAUAUAAUUACUACAUAUGAUGUGAACUGUCGGAUAUACAAGAAGAAAGUGGAAGAGCCACCAUGUAAAAUAUUUCAUAUUUGGAUCUAUAGAAAACUAUAAGAAAGUACUUAAUGCUGUAUGACAUGGAUCUACUGACUAAAGAAGCUUGCCUGUGUGCGAUGACUCCCAGGGCUUCAUGACAACCAGACAGUGUUUACUUCUUGUUCCUCUAUCACCAUUAAAAAUGCAUUCCCUCCUGAGGGAACCAGUAGAUUAAUUGAAUGAGCAAAGGGGAGCAAGAUGUGAGACUCCUGUGUUAGCCAUGGGAGGGUGCUGGAGGCUCCUCCCAUCGUCUGUAACUGCUUCAGCGCGGAGAGUGGGAAGUCAUGAAUUCUGUUGGACUUCUAAUGGAGUUUGCGUGUGUGUAUGAGAAUGUUUGUUUAAUUAUGGUGGGAAAAAAUAUAACACUACAACCAAGGAAUGUAUUUAAACUGGAGUAAAAUGGUUCUUAUUUUCUGUCAGUGCUCACCAUUAUUUUGAGAGGGGGUGGGGAGAGUGUAAUUUUAAUGAACUUAGGCAAUUGUCAGAGUGCCCCAGGGUUGGUGUGAGUUGUGGGGGUGGGGGGAUUGGGGGGGGGCACAGAGAUAAAGAAAUAGAGAGCUUAUGUUAGAAGAAUAGGGUUCAUUUAGCUGAUUGGGCUGUAUCAGUGUAAGUGAAGGAUUCUUAGGAGUGAUGUGACACUUCAUAUUUAGAAGAAUUAUAUUUACUGAGGGAAUUUAAUAUCAGAUAUAGAAACAUGGAUUUUAUGUUCUAAGUGCAAUAUUGCAUAUCUUCAAGGCCCUGAUUUUGUGUUCUAUAUUUGAGGAUUCGCAGCACUCCAUAUUCAGACAUUUUCUUGGAAAUGGUGUAAUAAAGUAUUCUUUUACAAUAGACCUGCUUCUAUACCCAUAUACCCACUUAAAUAUAUCUGCUGCCAGCUACUGCAUAUUUACUUAGCUGAUAGAAGACAGGGCCCAGUGUGCAAUUUGUCAAAAAAGUUCAACAUGGAGGGUGUGCUUUUAUGCCAGUGCAGUGUCUUUUAAUGCUUAUUUUCUAGUGUGCACAAAUCUACAUACAAUGUUAUGUGGUUUUGAGCAUUGAAAACAAAUCUUUGCACACUGGACCUCAUUUUACUAAUCCAGACAACUGUUGAAUGAAUUGCCUAAUCAAUGAAGAUGUCCUUAGAGUGUGAGUGCCUUUGAUUUUGCAAUGGUGUAGAGAGUAGGAAAUUUGGUUUCAGAGAGAAAAGACUCAGGGCUGCAAUGUCAUACUUCAGAUCUGGGUCUACCAUUGGUUCAUUGAGUUUUAGCAUUGGAGACCAUCACAAUAAAAAAUAAUAUAAUUUACAGGUAAAGAACCAUACACUGCAACCAAGCCUUGCACCCAUGUUGAGAACUGAAGGUUAAAAUAAUGAAUUUGAACUUCACAGCAACGUAAGGACAACCCCCUCUCGCUUUCAUAUUUUUGACCAAGUUGGGGAAAAAAAAAAAGUUACCUGAUUUGUCCUCGUGUUCUGGUGUAACUGUGACAUUUCUUUAAAUAAAAGAUAUGAGCAGUGUGUCACA